UCUGUGCUGUGCUCUGCGGCCUGCCCCACUGCCGCCGCCAUGGCAACUGCGCGGCCUCCGGCUGCCCGCGGCGGCGCCCGCCCCGCCGUGCGUGCCCCCGCUCCUGCGGAGGCCACCAAGAGCAAGCCUCCUGAAGAGGGUGAAGCUCCUCCAGCCAAGAGAGCUCCCAUUUUCUAUGGCAGCCUGGAGGAGAAGGAGAGGGAGAGGCUGGCGAAGGGAGAGUCAGGACUGCUGGGAAAGGAAGGGAUGAAGGCAGCCAUCGAGGCUGGCAACAUCAACAUAAGCAGUGGGGAGGUUUUUGACCUGGAGGACCACAUGAGCGAGCGGCAGGCGGAGGUGCUGGCCGAGUUCGAGCGGCGCAAGCGGGCGCGGCAGAUCAACGUCUCCACCGACGACUCGGAGGUCAAGGCCUGCCUGCGUGCCCUGGGCGAGCCCAUCACGCUCUUCGGAGAGGGCCCCGCCGAGAGGAGGGAGAGACUAAGAAACAUCCUCUCAGUGGUGGGCACAGAUGCCUUGAAAAAGACCAGGAAAGAUGAUGACAGGUCUAAAAAAUCCAAGGAGGAGUAUCAGCAAACUUGGUACCACGAAGGACCACGCAGCCUGAAGACAGCCAGGCUGUGGCUUGCCAACUACUCCCUCCCCAGGGCAGUGAAGAGGCUGGAAGAGGCCAGGCUGUUCAAGGAGAUCCCAGAGGCAACCAGGACGUCGCAGAGGCAGGAGCUGCACAAAUCCCUGCGAUCCUUGAACAACUUCUGCAGCCAGAUUGGGGACGACCGCCCUCUGUCCUACUGCCACUUCAGCCCCAGCUCCAAGCUGCUGGCCACAGCCUGCUGGAGUGGGUUGUGCAAGCUCUGGUCCGUGCCUGACUGCAACCUCAUUCACACCUUACGAGGACACACCACCAAUGUAGGAGCCAUAGUUUUCCACCCCAAAUCCACUGUCUCCCUGGACAAGAAGGAUGUUAACCUGGCCUCAUGUGCAGCUGAUGGCUCUGUCAAACUCUGGAGCCUUGAAAGUGAUGAGCCAGUGGCAGACAUCGAAGGGCACAGCAUGAGAGUGGCUCGUGUGAUGUGGCACCCGUCCGGGAGGUUCCUGGGUACUACCUGCUACGACCACUCCUGGCGCCUGUGGGACCUGGAGGCUCAGGAGGAGAUCCUCCAUCAGGAGGGGCACAGCAAAGGGGUCUACGACAUCGCCUUCCACAUCGACGGCUCUCUCGCGGGCACCGGUGGGCUGGAUGCUUUCGGGCGGGUGUGGGACCUGCGCACAGGACGCUGCAUCAUGUUCCUGGAGGGCCACCUGAAGGAGAUCUACGGCAUCAACUUCUCCCCCAACGGGUACCACGUGGCAACGGGCAGCGGCGACAACACCUGCAAGGUGUGGGACCUGCGCCAGAGGAAGUGCAUCUACACCAUCCCUGCCCACCAGAACCUGGUCACCGGCGUCAGGUUUGAACCCAACCACGGCAACUUCCUGCUGACCGGCGCCUACGACAACACCGCCAAGAUCUGGACCCACCCCGGCUGGUCCCCGCUGAAGACGCUGGCAGGGCACGAGGGGAAGGUGAUGGGCCUGGACAUCUCCCUCGAUGGGCAGCUCAUUGCCACCUGCUCCUACGACAGGACCUUCAAGCUGUGGACAGCAGAGUAGUGCUGCUGCUGGGCUGGAGGCUUUGGUGGCUUCCACCCAAGACUUGCUUUGUGGGGAGCUAAGUUAAAAGGACUCUUGUUGGGACAGGUGCUAGGGCAGCUGUGGGCUGGUCUUGGGUGGAGGUGGUUUUGGAGCCCAUGGGCUUGGCUGGGGCCACACCUUGGGUCCACCAUUUAGGACAUGCCCUUCUCUGCUGUAGCUUGGAGAUGAUCCAUCUGUUUCCACCCUCCCUCCCCAGCCAGGCUGCCAGGUUUCCUCUGGUGUUUCUAACAUCUGUAGGGAGCCAGACAGCACUUCUCUAAGUGUCCUCCUUACCUUCCCUCUGCCAGGAGCCUGUGGCUUCAGCCUUGACUGGCAUUUAGAGAGAGCAAACCCAGCUGGUGCAGGUAGAGGAGCACAGGACCCUGCUUCCAGCUCAGCAAAGGCAGCCUCUGGGCACAGAGCUCUGCACCUGCUUUGUUCUCAGCAGGUGUUCAGUGCCAGGGCAGUUUCUCUUCUCUAGGAACCACCUCAGACCACCUCAUGUCCCAGCUCCUUGGGUAGUGCCCACAGCUGGCUGUUUGGAAUCCCCUGGUUCUGCUCUGGCUGUGCCUCACCAGAGGUGACACCAAGGUGGCCAUUUCAGUGUAGGGCUGGCUUCUGAGUGACACUCUGGGGAGAUUUGGUGUUUCUUGUUUAUUCUGUAAACUGAGGUUUUGCAAAUGUGUAAAAUCAAAUCAUGGUCUGAAGGUU